UUUAUGGAACCCCAGGGGUUAUCUGAACUUCUUUCCCCGACCCAUCCAUCGGCAUAUUGCCAUCGGUUUCUAAUAUCUAGGGUUUGUCUUGCGUGGGCCGCCCUUGGGAUUCCUCAGGUGUCCCCCCCUCCCGUCGACGGCAGCUCGGCGCACGCAUCCAGGAUCUCCGCCCCUUCUCCGGCGCUGGCCAAGAAGUGCGCCAGCCCCCAGGUGAGAGCCGAUUGCUCUAGCACGGACGAUGGCGGCCUCCGGCAAACGCCUCGCCGGCAGCUCUGACAGGCUAAGUGACCUCCCUGAUGGCCUCCUCCACACUGUCAUGUCGUUCCUCACGGCCCGGCAGGCCGUGCAGACAUGCGUGCUGUCGCGGAGGUGGGAGGACCUCUGGUGCUCCAUGCCUUGCCUCAACAUCGACGAGCGGGAGUUUAGCACCUCAGCAAUCUUGUCCGACUCCGACUCCGACGAUGGGGAUGAGGGUGGCCCUAACUGUACUAGGUUUGAGUAUUUCGUCAUCAAUCUGCUGAUGUUUCACAGUGCGGCAACAUUGGAUGUGUUCAGGUUUCAUUCUGUUUCUGAACGUAAGAUUAAAUCUGCCGACCAAUGGCUACGCCGUGGCAUCAAGCGCUUCCCCAAAGUGGUGGAUAUCGAUUCGAAUUGCUGUUGUAAAUUACCACGUUUCGGUUCCAGUUCUUCACGCCUCAACAGGCUGCAUCUUUCUCGCAUUUCUUUGGACAAAACCUUCACCCAGCAGCUACGUUCUGGUUGCCCGGUCUUGGAAGAUUUGGAGCUCAACUGGUGUGUCCUUGAAGAUGCAGAAAUCACAUCUUGCACACUGAAGAACUUGACAAUUGAGCAUUGUACAAUUUACCAUCCUAGUGUGCUGACUAUCAAAGUUCCGUCUCUUACUUGCUUGCAGCUGGUCGCUUUUAGUCACAACUGGGAUGCUGUUGUAGCAAACGAGAUGCCGUUCCUCAUCAAAGCCACCAUUUGCAUAAUCCGUUCAAUACAGAUACUGCCAUGGAAGCUUCUUUUCAGCCUAAUUAACGUGAAAGAUUUAAAACUGACUGGCUUUCGAGUACCGGCAAAUCUUCAUGAUGGAUCGGAUACUUUCCCUGUGUUCCAUAAUAUUAGAACCUUGCUGUUUGACACAUGCGAUCUAAGUGACAAGUUUGAUAUGCUCGGAUGCUUUCUGAACAAUGCCCCUGGUUUAGAGAAGCUUACACUUGAAAGUUGCACGCUUCCAGAAGCUUCUAAGGGAAGCAAGACAGGAGGAAAUCUGAAGAGGGCAUCUCUAGAAUAUGAUUACACGCUUACUUUCCAAUGCCCAAGCCUGAAGUUGACUGAAAUCAAAUACAUAUAUGACGACGAUGUUCAGAAACUGUUUGACCUUUUGCUUGGCGCUUGGAGGAACCUACAGAAGACUAACAUUGUGAUUAAUAAGAAGACUUAGGGAGUGAUUAAGAAGGCUUGAAGCAGUGAACACCAGACACUUUUGCAAUGCUUAUUAUUUCUGUUCCUCCUUAAAUGUAGCAUGCGCUCUGCCAUUUGCGAAUGUAAUUAUAUAUAUUUUGCCUUUGAUGGCAGGACAACUGAACAAGCAUUUACUUUGGUUCAUUUCUGGAUAUUCUAAUGGUGUGCUUUUUUUUGUUGUGUUUGUUG